CCGAAGAGAACAGUAGAAAGUAAAGUAAACAUUUUAUUAGGCUGCUGCAUUUCCGCUUAGCAGUACGCAGUAAACGAGAUUCAAAGUAAACAGGCCGGUGUGUGUCUACGGUAAACGUAUUGCCUCUGGUAGUUAUACUUUAGUCCUUUCAUAAAAAUGUCGCUAAUUAUGCCUCAAAUUAAGAAUAAGCAAAGACGAGGAGAAGUUUACAAGCAGUAUUUAAAAGAAAAAAGAAAGGUAAGACUAUUAAAGUAGCAAUAAAAGUUAUAACUUUUACGCCAUUUUUCGAUUUUUGGGGUUAAUUUUAAAAUUAAUAAUUACUAAUUACUAAUAUUAAUAUUAUGUUUAAUAAUUAGAUUUUUCUUGGUUAGGUAAAUGCUAGGCAAAUGCAGACGAUUGGUGCCAUGAGAGUCUAAUAUUAAUAAUAUUACUAAAUUACUGCAAAACAGUGCCGUACAAAAAGUAAAGUACAGUUACACUGCAACUACAGUACUUUGUACACUCUAAAAUUAUUGGUUAUCUCCCACUGUUGCGGAAAAUGGAUUAUCAUUAUGAAAAAACUGAUUGUUGGGGUUGAGGAACUGAUUGUUGGGGUUGAGGGGCUGUGUACAAAAAGAGAACAUAAACACAGGAAAUGAGUGGUGCAGAUAUUUAAUCUUAUCAAUCAAUAUCAAUAAAAUAUUAUUAGUAACAGUUUAACUAGCUUUUCAAUUUUCACACCGGAGCAACAUGAUUUUUUUUUUAUAACCGACGCUCAAGUGAUAGAUUACCUAAUUUUUAGUGAGCUAUAACUAUCACAUUAAAAAAAUUAAACUUAAAUAAUUAAAAUUAAAUGUAUGAAAAGUCAGGUAAAUGUUUGGUGCGCCAAUGAUUUCCCACUGCUGCCAUCUUGGUUGCCAAGACGGCACCCGUUACGGCAACCAAGAUGGCGGCAGUGUAAAAAAUCACAUGUCUGCUAAAAUGGGGAGGGGAAAGAGAGAAGAGAAUGUGCUGUGAUUAUCUUCAUUACCUCACUUGUUGUUUUCAUCAGUGUCAGAUUCAAGAUUCACUGCUAGAGUAUCAGAAUCAGUUAGGAUAGUAUGAUCAGUGUCACUGUCAGACAUUUUGGAAUUUUACGAUAUUACUUGCAGCACAAAAAAAUUCCUGAACAAAAGUAAAGCUAGUAAACAAUCAACGGAUACUGCCAAUAAAAUCCCAGGAUGUGCAGGACAUCUGGUACAUUGACCAGCCAGCCAAUCUCGAGACUUGAAUUAUCAGGCUUUUGGGUCGACUAUUCAUCAUUUUCAACAUUCAACCAUGGGCUGAUUGUUCGGCCCAGCCUUCACAAGGGGGUUAAAUUAAAAAUGUUUUUUCCCUAUUUUUGCUUCUCUCUGUAAGUAGUUAAAACAGCACAUUCUGUCUCUUUCCCCUCCCCAAUUUAUCAGACACAUGUUUGCACUUAUGUUUUUUUUUGUUUUUACACUGCUGCCAUCUUGUUUGCCAUGACAAUGUUAUCAUAGAAAUGGGAAAUGAGUGUGCCAAAUCAACAUUUUCUGAAUUUUCAAACUACAAAUUCGUUUUUCCUUUUGGUAAAGUUAUUCUAUCUGCGCCACUCAUUUUAUUAUUAUUAGUUGGGAUUUUAUAUAGCGCAGUACCCCAGACUAGGGCUGGGCUCACCACGCUGUACAUACAAUUUAACAAACAUAAUCAUGAACUUAAAAAUUAACAUAUAUUAAUUAAAUGAAGCAAAACAAAUUUAAAUCCACUCCACACAUUCAAGAACUAUUUACAUGUCAAGCCAUGGACGGCUACCCAGCAGAAUCGUUUAUAGGUCAGGGGAGGGAAUCAGUCAGGAUAGUAGAAUUCCAUUGUUUGGGGGCACAGAAAGAGAACGAUAGUUCACCGUAUGUUUUUGUGUGAUUAUUUAUAUUCUCUUUUUGUACUCAGCUGCCAUCUUUGCUGCCUUGCCAUUUUAUUAAAUUCGAAAAGAGGGUUUCACUUGAAUUUUCUAUAUAUUUUUGUUCUGAAGAGUUUUCUUUCAGGUAUGCGACAAGCAGGGUCAACAACCUAGAGUUGCCCCCUUUCUUCAAAAUGAUUUUACACCAUUUUUUUGUUGUCUUUGGUCUGACCUGUACAUGUUAAGUUAAUGUUAUGGUCUUAUUAUAACUGGUAACUUUUUUUCUAAAUUCCGGCACACAUUAAUAUAUUUUAAGUGUGCAUAGGGCUCAAGUCUCGCAUGGGAAUGUUGUUCUGUAACAUUUUUGUUUAGCUCUGAAAUAUACUUUAUCAUUUAUGAGAUUAAGUAAGUGGGUUUGGGGUCUCCAAGCCUAAAUUUGUGCAGGUCUAUUCACUGAGUGAUCCAUAGUAUAUGCAUUAUUACAUUUAAUUAUCCAACACAGGCAGUGGAUAUUAACUUAGGAAGAAGUAUGAAUGAAUUACUUUGAAAUCUCUUUGAUAAUCUUGCUGUUAAAACAAUUUUUGGUUUAGAUUGUCUAUUCUUGCAAUACUAAUACAUAUUACUCAUAUUGUUGUACUAGAUGAAUGAGACUACAUUUUUCAAUUACAAGUUUAAGUACGAUUCCUCAUCCUCUAGACAUCUUGAGACAUUUUCAUGUAUGAUGUGGGUAGAAAUCAAUGUAUUAAGUCAUGAGUGUGGAACCCUUUUUGAGUAAAGCACCAUUUUGUAAAUUAUUAUUGGUAAAUUGCGUGGAACCUGUGAAUAGAAAAACCAUAGAAUGUCAGUCUCCCUAGCUGAUAGGCUAACUCACCCUGUCCACAAUUUUUUCCCUUGACGGUUGUAUGGAGUCCCUUGACAGGACUAUGGUUGAUAAGUUGGGUAAUUACAUUUUUGUUCUGUCUCAAAUUUGUGGAACUGACAAUGAUUGAGACCAUGGGAGCAAAUAAAAUGUUCACUGUUUUAAAUCACAUGUUCCACGAUGCAAGAUAAAUCCAGAUAUCUUCCGCAUGUUGCCUAGUGAUGAAUAAUGCUAAUGUGAUCCAACUAAAUCUUUCCUUUUACUGCUCAUGUUUUUACAUUUGACUCACUUCAGUUUAGUCUAUUUCAAAUUGUGCUGAGCAAUGGAUUUAUUAACCUCCAUGUCAAUGUCCUCCCCCGUUGUUGUUUCAUGCACAAAAUUGACAAUGCACAGACGCUAAUUAUUCAAGCAAUUGAAAUCAACAUGACUCUGCGUUCCGGAUGGGGCCAGCGGGCAGUAGUCUGUCACCCCUACACUAUAUCAUUAACUCAAGGCACCAUAUGCCAAUUAUGUUUUUUAGCAGUUCUUAAGCAAAUAAGAAAUUAAUGUAUCCUUUAUUUCAGAUUAUAAUUUCUGAUUUCACUGUUAAAAGUAUGUUCAAAUACCCUUAAGUAGUUUUCAUCAUACAAAAUCCAUGUAUAAGCUGAAAGUGAAAUGGUGCAAUUUUUAAAAAAUGAUGCCUUGUUUGUUUCAUUAACAUUGUCCAAACUUAGAAUUAUUUUUAUAUAAUAGCACCUCUGCUACUUUUUGAUGUUCAAUCAAAAUUGUUUUUUUUUUUAAAUAGUUCAAGUUUUGCUGUGGUCUUGUUGGAUAUAUUAACUUUUACUCUUGCAAUCAUUUUUUCAGAUGCCUGUUAAAUACUACACAAAAGUAUAUUUUGUUGUGAGCUGUUAUUUGCUACAAAUACUACAAUGUUCAUUGAUCAAAUUUUCAUUAAAUUUUUCUAGGCGAAACUAGAAGAGAAAAAGAAGAGAAGAAAAGAAGAAAAAGAAAUGGGUGCCAAGGUAUAAAGAGAUUUUUAAAAAAAAAUUAGAUUCUUUUAAUGAUCCAUAAAUUUGAUAAAGCAUGAUCAGUUUAAAUCAGUUAAGAUAAGAUUAUUUUUUGAUAAAAAAUAAUGGAAAUGUUUUUUUUUAAAAUUACAUAUCCAUACUCAUUUUCAGCACAUAAAUCAAUACAUAUUUUUAACCAGGAAAUUUUACAAUUGUAAAAAUUUAAAAACACAAGGCAUCUAAAGCAUUUCUCUAAUGCAGAAAUGAGUCAUAAAUGAACUUAGUGGCCACACUGACUUAUAAAGUCUCUGUUAUUCCCAAACUGACUUACACAGUAACUGUUAUGGCCAUACCGACUUAGACAGUCUCUGUUAUGCUCAUACUGACUUACAGUCAGUUACAGCCUCUGUUUUGACCAUACUAACUUAAGUGGUACGACAAGGAAGCAUUUCUGUAGAUGUCUGGCAGUUCUGUCAGACUGAGGAACAAUCGAAUCUCUAAAUAUUUCAUUCCUUAAUUUGUAAACUUUUAUAUGUUUUGAAACCAUGACGUGGGUGAACAAUGAUUGCAUGGUUGACAGAAGCAUAAGCUGAUUAACUAAGUAAAACAAAAUGAAAUAUUUGAUGAGUGGAUUUCUUUUCAAAAUUAAAUAUUUGCUUAAAUUUGAUAAAUACAUUUUAGAAAUAGAAAGUCCUUUGAAAAAAAAACAACUGAUCAAGUUUGCUGUUAUUUAAGUUUAAUUUGGUUUUGUUAAUUUGUCCACUUUAUAUAAAUGAAAUAACCAUAUACAUUUGUUAAGGCACCCCCUAAAAAGAAACCAAAGACUAUUGAAAGUAUGAGAGUGCCAGAUGAAACAAUGGUUGAUCCCACUAAUCUUGAGGUGAGCAUAUAUAUGUUUGUUGUCUAUACUCUCAGUUGUUAUAAAGAAACCUAUGGGAGCUGGUUGGUCUCUUAAAAUCAGAAAUCAAACCACUUAAUGGGGAAGUUUUGUAUUUUUAAGGAUCCUGAAGAAUACUUUCUUACAUACAUAUGACUUUUACCCUGCCUGGGUCAUAGGCAGACUACAAGAAUUUUCCAUUCAUUUCGAUCCUGGGCUUUUAUUUCUGGUUGCUUCCAUGUGUAUCCCAUAUUGUUUGUCUGCCUCUAGCUCAUGUCUUAAUAUAUUACUAGGCCUUCCUCUCUUUCUUUUUCCCCGUGGAUUCAAUGUUAAGGAUUGUCUGGGGAUCUUGAGAUACAUGCACAUAUUAAAUUUUUUAACAUAUAACUUUUAACCGUAUUUUUGUUUUCUUUUUUUUCAGACACAGUUAGACCUAGAACAAGAUGAAAUGGCCCCUUACUUUCGCCAGGAAACAACACCUAAAGUUCUCAUCACAACAUCAGACAGGCCCAAAAAAGUAACAAGUAUAUUAUGAUAAAUGGGUUCAUUUCAUUAGACCAAAAUAGAAGGGUUAUUUUCUUUUCUUCUGGGUUCACAAUGCAUGUCACAAUGCAUGUAAACGUUCUCCAUUCAUCAUUUGAACAAUCAUAUUGAGGACUUAAUGACAUCAAUGAGUGUAGAAAGACACAAACAGGUUAAGUGAUAACACUUCCAUUUUAUAACCUUUUCACCUAGAGAUAGAAAUAAAUUAUACAGAAAUAUUAAUUUGAGAGAUUGUUUUAUUUUUAAAUGUUCUAGAUUUAUUUAAAGUGUGUUGAUCAAUCCUUACUUUAUUUUCUUAGAAGACAAACAGCUUUUGCAAGGAGCUGAAAAAGGUCAUUCCAAAUUCAUUCGUGAAGUACCGAAGGGGGUUGGAUUUAAAAAAAAUCAUACCCCAGGCCAUUGAAAGGGAUUUUACAGAUCUUAUUGUGAUAAAUGAGGAUGCCGGUGAACCAAGUAUCCUUUUAUUUUGACAAGAACUUAAACCUGCAACACAUACGAAGUGUAGACUCAAACUAUCUGUCACUUGCUUACCCUGUUGGAAAACUUUUUAAAAAGUCUCUGCAAAACCUCUCAGUCCUGUCAGUAAAGGGAGAAAUGGAGCCCCUUUCUACAUGCAAAGGUUGUUUAACACAGUUAGGACCCAUUAUUGGUAAAAAAACACUUUGUAGUCAUAAUCCAUCCUACCCCUGCUCCCAGCCACUAACUUCUGGACACCUCAAGGCUUACCAUUUCAAAGAGUACUUCACAGCAAUAAUUUGAAAUUACAGUGCCACCCAUUAGUCCUACACAAUGACUCACCUAAAAUGUGUACCAGAUUUUUACUUUGUCCUUACCAUUAUUGCAUAGAUGGUUAAAUUGCCUUUCAUUGAUGCGGAUUAUGAUUGGCUCAUAGAAUUGAGAGUACAUGGUGUAAACUGUACAUUGGCUCAUAGAAGUGAGAGUAUAUGGUGUAAACUGUACAUUGGCUCAUUGAAGGGAUAGUAUAUGGUGUAAACUGUACAUUGGCUCAUAUAAGUAAAAAUAUAUAGUGUAAACGGUGCAUGUUUUUAAACAAGAUGAACUGACUACAGCAGGUAUUGCAACAUUGGUCAGUUGAGGACACUCUGGUUAAAACCUUAACAGCUGAAAGAUGGUUUGGUCCUUUGUCAUCUUCCUGAUGGUCCUACUGCUGAGUUCAAGAUGAUGAAUGCCAAACUGUGCAAGGAACUCAAGGUGGUUUAAAAGAUUAAAACUAUAAAUACCAGUUAGCUGUGUAAAUAAUAUUUAGUGUAUUUGUUGAUUACAUAAUUUGUUAUUUUUUACUACUUUCCAUUGUGUACUUUAAAGUUUAUUAAUAAAAUGUCAGUGUGAACAGUAGUCCCAAUGUUCUCUAUCAAAUUCAUUAUGUUGCAGCGGCUUGGAGAGAUGACUGAACACUUCCCAGAGGUCAACAUUCACAACUUCAAUACUCGUCUAGGUGUGACCAUUGGUAGAAUGUUGAGUUGUUUGUUUCCGCACAGACCAAAUUAUCAGGGCAGACGUGUGGUGACCUUUCACAAUCAGAGAGAUUAUAUCUUUUUUAGACAUCACAGGUAACACCACCUCAUUAUUAUAUCUUUUUUAGACAUCACAGGUAACACCACCUCAUCAAUAUUUUUUUUUUUUGGACUUCACAGGGGAUAAUUUUUCAUUAAAUUAGAAGUGGGGUCUUCGUUAAAGCUUUAACAGUAUCUGUUAUCAGUAGUCAUUUCCUCUAGUUAAGAAAGGUGAAUAUUUGUCAAUAGGGUUUGUCGUUUACAAGAAUAGAAAACAUCACAUCGCUUUACGUAAUGUUACUAUUUUUUACACUGUUUUUGUAAAUUGUAGCUUCUAACAAUGUAUUUCCACAUAUAUAUAGUGUUAAUAAUUCGUUUGUAAAAUCUUUCGUAAAAUAAAGUUGUAAACACGUUUUCGUCUAGGUUAGGACCCACUAUGCUGGCUCACAUUAACGUUAGAGGUACCGAAAAGCUGUUUAGAGAUUGGCCAAAUUGAAUACCAGGAUGUUAAUAUCAUAAUGAGAUUGGCCAGACUGUAUGCCUGGAUGUUCUUUUAAUAGAUUAACCCUAUUGAUUAACAUAGCUAUCCGAAUUUUUCCAUGUGAUCUGGUUGUUCUAUGCCAUUGUGAACUAUUUGUUUACCCCCAUUCAAAGCCAAUAAUCCAAAAUUAAUGAUAACAUAAAUUGAUUACAAAGGAUGAAGUCAUAGACACAUCUCUGUCUACCUACUGUAAGAAUGUAAGUCCUUAGAAGCACUAAUUCCAUAAAUUAUGACCUUAUUUGUCAGAUACCAGUUCAGAAACACAGAGAAAGUAAGUUUACAAGAACUAGGUCCCAGGUUCCUCCUGCGUCUGAGAUCACUUCAGAAAGGAACAUUUGAUUCCAAGUCUGGGAUGUACCUGUGGAUCCACAAGGUGAAGUAACUGUCUGUCGUGGGCUUGGUGCACUUUGUCUUAUCAAUCUUUAGAAUCAGACAAAAGCCAGUAAUGAUACAAUUCAAUAUUUAUUAAUUGAAAAAAUAAUGUCUGGUACCGUACCAGUGUUAUCCGACAGAUACCAGUCAUCAAACAAUGCUUGUUGAUUAAAAAAAUAAUGUUUGGUACCUGUAUUAAGACUAUAUACAAUAAGUGAACACAUGUUAACAAUUAUCUUUAAAUGUAAGUGCGUACAGUAUGUGUGGUGCAUCAAUUAUAAAGCUAGUUGUUUUGUUGCAGUUCCUGGCAUGGUAUUUACUUAGUUCCUUAUGCCUUAGUUACGUAACUAUGUUUUGACUAACAAGUUUAUCAUUGAUAAAUUCUUGCACUUUCAGCGCCAUGAAAUGGACACGAGCAGAAGAAAGUUUCAUCUCUAAUUUUUUAUGUGGAAUCAACUUAGACAAUAAACAUUAUAUUCAAUCAGUGUGAA